AUGAAUUCCUCACAAGUUUUACAAUCGUCUUCCAUCCCCUUAUCUGUUAAAUAUCCACCAAAUCUUCGUCGUUCACUUGUUUCAUCGUUGUCUACAUCAUCAUCACAAUCAACAAUACCAAGCGAUUCUGGUCCUUUAACACCUGAUGUCGGAAACUUAGUUAAUCCUUUUGUAACUGCUGCACAAACUAUUCAGAAUGCGUCUAUUGAACCUUUAUCGGCACAAAAUAGUCCACCACAACAAAAUACCGGUGAUACAACAACAACAACUCAAGCAGAACAACUUUCACCAUCACCGAUCCAACCUGUCGUUCGACACGUUGGCGAUUAUGAUCUAACUGAAAUCAAGUUUGAUGAUUUUCGUUGUGCACGUCAUCGAGUAACCGGUGAAGAAUGCUUAUAUAAAGAAUUUCCACUGGAUACAUUAAGACAACGUCUUGAACCCUAUUAUCGUUUAGCAAAUAUAAUGCUCAGAAAACAUUCAACGAACACCUAUCAUUAUCAAACACAAUCAUUGCAAACAGAAACAUUUGUACAAACAGAUGAAGCAAUGUUUGCACAUUCUACAACAUCACACAUCAAUAAUUUAUCGUUAAAUCAACGUGGUACAACAUCUGAUUAUGAAAUAAUUAAUCAGUUAUCAUCAAAAUAUCAUAUACAUUUUUAUCGUGAAAUCAUCACAUUACAAUCAACAGCCAUUGUUCUAUAUCCAAAAUAUUCAUCAAAUUUGCAUACGUAUAUAACAGAAAAACAUCGUCUCAAUGAAAAUGAGUGUCGACGAUUAUUCACACAAAUAAUUAAUAGUGUUAAAUUGUGUCAUCAAGUUGGUCUCAUUGUACGAGAUUUAAAAUUACGAAAAAUUAUAUUUACAAAUCAACAACAUACACAACUACUAUUAACAGGACUUGAUGAUGCUAUUAUAUUACAAGAUACAACGAAUGAUCUCGUUUCAUCUCGUUUUUCAUGUCCGGUUUAUGCUUGUCCUGAAAUUGUUUUAAAUCGUCAAAUGUAUUCGGGGAAAAUGGCAGAUUCAUGGAGUUUAGGUAUUAUCUUAUAUACGAUGUUAUUUGGUCGUUAUCCGUUUUGUGAUAAAACAUUAAUGGGUUUAUUUAUUAAAAUUGGACGUUGUCGACCAGACAUUUCACGUACAAUAACAUUAAAAGCACGUUCAUUGCUGAGAUCAUUAAUUCGUGUUAAACCAGAUGAACGUUUAUUAUCCAAUGAUAUAUUAGGACACGUAUGGUUUCGCGAUAUGAAUAGCAGUAAUAGUAUCAAUAUUGAUGAAAUAAGUGGUGGAGGUUAUAAUGAUUUAACUAGAACAGCAAUCGCAACAAAUGAAUUAGAAAAUGAUCUGACAAUGAAAGAAGAUGCCGUUGUGCCAAAUAUUAAGUUUGAUUAG